AUGUUAGACGACGAUGAUGAUUCAGACCAAGGCCUUUCACUACAAGAAGUUGUGCAGGGCUUCAUGAACAUCAAUCAUACACACGCGAACAUGGGAACUUACCAGGAGGACACCCGUGACAUCAGGCAUCUUCUGCCAUGGGUGGACAUGGUCUGUGCUGCACAAGUUACAGCUCAGCAAAAGAAGCGGUACUUGGAGGAACUUAGCUUUGCACUUCGGCCCCAGGAGUUGUCUCCUCAGGCGCGAGAAAUGUUUGUUCGUCAAGCCCUACAUCGGGGCGUGGUCCCCGAGGCCGUACGGCUCAUCGAGAGUGCGUCCCCCACAGUUGCUGCCGCUGCUACAAACUUUCUUGGCGACUUUGCGUUCAAUUCCGACAUGGGAUCCAAGGAAGUCCUGAAGGUGUUUGAUCGCAUUGCGGACCGCUUCCAGCACCUUUUCUCAUCUUCCUCGGACAGGGCGUUGAUGUUGCAUGAUGAUUGGCUCCUCCAGGCAGCCAUCCUCCUGUGCGUUAAUAUCGCCGCAACCUGUCCAGCUGGACACAUGAAACUGGUGCGACUCGUGCAGCCCGUAUGCUUGAAGAUCCUCCAGAGUAAGCAGGUAGGUGACAAGCUGCGGGGAAACACGAUUCUGCUGCUGGCCAACCUCUCAAUGACCGUGCUGAACGAGCUGCGGGAACUUCAUGUGGCAAAUGUUCUGCUGCAGCUGGUGUCCGAUGGUAACGUCAGCAAUCACGGGAAGAGUGUUGCAGAGUCCGUGAUCAUAUUCCUGCACGGUGAGCAGGAAUGUCGUCAGGUUGACAUAUUGAUGGAGAGGGACGUUGUGAGCAGCUACUGCGUUCCCAUCAUGGAGCACACCUUGAAGGGCACAGAGUUUCGUGGCAUGUUCCCUCACCUCUUGUACAGCGCCAAGCUCUUCCAAGUUCUUUCCAGGUGUCGACUCUACGCUGGGCGAUUAGUGCAGGACGCUCGAACGAUUCCACUGCUUCUAAAAGCAGUGAAUCCCCGAGCGCCGCCUCCUAGAGUUGAAACAGAUUACGAAGGCCGACGUUUGGUGUUACAGGCCCUCUGGUCACUGGCUAAGUUUCGGCUGUGGCCCUCUCCAGAUGACGCAGACAGUCAGAAGUUCCUGGACAAGGGCCUGCCAAUGCUCUGCGAAGAUCGGCAUGUUGGAAUUCGGACAGCUGCUGCAGGAAUCUUCGCACAGCUUUUCUAUCCAAGCGUGAUCAGGAUGCUUGCUGUUGGUCGGAGGCUAGAAACUGCUGGUCUCCUUCCACCUGGGUUCUGGAGGUUUCGCAUAGCUUCUCAGCUAUUUCCGUUUCUGGCGGAGGGCCAGUGA